AUGAGUCUGAACUUGCAGAGAAGCAGUCAGCUGUUCCAGAGAGGGUUAAUCUUGACACGGGUUGGAGACUGUCACUCUGAAGCUGGAGGAUUGCCAAGAGCUGCAGCCGACAGGAAAGUGGGGGAGGGGGGAGAUGAGCACGAGCAGCAGGACUCACUCAACCCCAGUUUGAACGGCUGGAUCGUAGAGCAGGAAUGUGACAGGUGGGAGGAGCCGGAUGACGCUGAAGAGGAGGAGGCGGCAUCACCCACGGAGACCGGAACAAAGGAGAGGUAUGUUAUAGCCGGGAAGAUGGAGGAGGAGACGCGGGCAGCCAACCCAAUUGAAAAAUGUAAAGUGCCAGGGGGAGAUGAGCACGAGCAGCAGGACUCACUCAACCCCAGUUUGAACGGCUGGAUCGUAGAGCAGGAAUGUGACAGGUGGGAGGAGCCGGAUGAGGCUGAAGAGGAGGAGGCAGCAUCACCCAUGGAGACCGGAACGAAGGAGAGGUAUGUUAUAGCCGGGAAGAUGGAGGAGGAGACGCGGGCAGCCAACCCAAUUGAAAAAUGUAAAGUGCCAGUCGUUGAAACUAAUUUGGUUGCCUUUGACUGUCACUGGAUCAUAAUAAAUGAGGAGAUAACUGACUUGGAUGUACAGGACCUGGUCAGAAGGUCGAUUGGAAGGUUAACAAUUAUUCGACAGACCUUUCCAGUGCCCCUGAAUAUGAGUCAACGAUGUUACCCUGGCAACCACCGAAUAUCUACUACACUCUGUGACCCAAAGGACCCAUAUUCUCAGAGCUUGGAGAUCACCAACCUGUAUAUCUAUGACACCGUGCUCUUACUAGCUAAUGCCUUUCACAAGAAGCUUGAAGAUCGAAAGUGGCACAGCAUGGCCAGUCUUACCUGCAUCAAGAAGAACUCGAAGCCUUGGCAAGGCGGUCGUUCUAUGUUGGAAACUGUCAAGAAGGGGGCAAUAAAUGGACUGACCGGAGUUUUGGAGUUUAACGAAGUUGGUGAUAAUCCAAAUAUCUACUUUGAAAUCCUGGGUACAAAUUAUGGUGAAGAAUUAGGCAGAAGUGCCCGCAAGCUUGGCUGGUGGAACCCUGCAACUGGUCUGAAUGGAUCUCUAACAGACAGAAAGCUAGAGAACAACAUGCGAGGGGUAGUUCUCCGUGUGGCCACAGUGCUGGAAGAACCAUUUGUUAUGGUUUUAGAAAAUGUCCUGGGAAAGCCAAAGAAAUACCAAGGAUUUUCUAUUGAUGUCCUUGAUGCCUUAUCAAACUAUUUGGGAUUCAAGUAUGAAAUAUAUGUUGCUCCAGAUCAUAAGUAUGGAAGUCUCCAAGAAGAUGGUACAUGGAAUGGGUUAAUUGGCGAACUUCUCUUCAAGAGAGCCGACAUGGGUAUUUCUGCCUUGACUAUCACACCUGACAGAGAGAAUGUAGUAGAUUUUACAACCCGCUAUUUGGAUUACUCAGUGGGAGUGCUGCUAAAAAAAGCAGAAAAAACAGUGGACAUGUUUGCCUGCUUAGCACCAUUUGACUUAUCUCUGUGGGCCUGCAUUGCUGGCACUGUGCUGUUAGUGGGGCUUCUUGUCUACCUAUUGAACUGGUUUAAUCCUCCACGCUUGCAGAUGGGAUCUAUGACUUCUACAACACUUUACAACUCUAUGUGGUUUGUGUAUGGAUCCUUUGUCCAGCAAGGUGGAGAAGUCCCAUUUAAUACAAUGGCAACACGAAUGAUGAUGGGAGCUUGGUGGCUUUUUGCCUUAAUUGUAAUUUCUUCUUACACAGCAAACCUAGCAGCCUUUUUGACAGUAUCUCGGAUUGAAAGCUCUAUUCAGUCUCUCCAGGACCUGUCAAGGCAGACAGAAAUUCCUUACGGAACAGUAUUAGACUCUGCGGUUUACGAGCAUAUGCGUGUGAAAGGGAUGAAUCCAUUUGAGAGAGACAGCAUGUAUUCCCAAAUGUGGCGUAUGAUUAACAGGAGUAAUGGGACUGAGAACAAUGUUCAUGAAUCUCAGGAAGGCAUUCAAAAGGUAAAACAUGGAAAUUAUGCAUUUGUAUGGGAUGCUGCAGUGCUGGAGUAUGUGACAAUAAAUGACCAGGACUGUUCCUUCUACACGGUAGCAAAUAUAAUUGCAGACAGAGGCUACGGCAUAGCAUUGCAACAUGGUAGCCCUUACAGAGACAUUUUUUCACAGAGGAUCCUUGAACUGCAACAGAAUGGGGACAUGGACCUAUUAAAGCAUAAAUGGUGGCCACGUAAUGGACACUGUGACCUUUUUUCAUCAGUAGAACCGAAACAAAAAGGAAGUCCCCUGGACAUUAAAAGCUUCGCUGGGGUGUUCCUUAUAUUGGCAGCUGGUGUUGUUCUGUCAUGUUUCAUAGCAAUGGUGGAGACCUGGUGGAGCAAGAAAAAAGGAUCCAGAGUACCUUCCAAAGAGGAUGACAAAGAAAUUGACCUGGAACAUCUCCACCGACGUGUAAACAGCCUGUGCACUGAUGAUGAAAGCCCUCAUAAACAGUUUUCCUCCUCAUCGGUUGAUCUAACUCCAUUAGACAUUGACACGUUGCCAACGCGGCAAACUCUGGAGCAAAUAAGUGAUUUCAGGAAUACUCAUAUAACCACUACAACCUUUAUACCAGAGCAGAUACAGACACUUAGUCGUACCUUGUCAACGAAAGCUGCUUCUGGUUUCUCAUUUGGAAAUGUACCUGAGCACCGAACUGGUCCCUUCAGGCAUAGGGCACCCAAUGGUGGAUUUUUCCGAAGUCCAAUUAAAACUAUGUCAUCUAUCCCAUACCAGCCAACUCCCUCUCUGGGGCUCAAUCUUGGCAAUGAUCCUGACCGAGGUACCUCUAUAUGA